AUGGGAACGGUGAAAAAUCCGACAGUGCGCAGGAUCACUGAAACGGAUCUGAUAGAAGUCCCAGAUCUUCAAGAUUCCAUGGACCUUGGCACAAAGUCGUCCGAGUAUCUCACCAGGGUGGCCACUUCUACACAGGCAUCUAGCAGUUCGACGGCAGGCUCUCCAAAUGGCACACCCAACAAUGGUGUUCAAGGAUUAGACGACAUCAAUUUCAUGUACAGCUUAAUAUCACGCAGCCAUAGCUCGUUUUCGACACCGAAGUCAUCAGCCAGCCCUAUGAGCUCAGACUGCUUCAACUUUUAUGGGACCCUAGAAAGUCUCUUUUCACCCACCCGCUCCGAUCAUGCACACCAUAAAGGCUCUGGAAAUGAACCGCAUAUUCAUCCGGACAUGGCAUUGAUACCGCAAAAUUACAGCAAUUCCAGUCAAUCGAGUUUGACAAAGGAACAGCCCACUUCAAUAUUACCCAAAGCAGAUGGAAAAAGUGAAGGAUGGUUCAGUCCGCUACACAUCGCCGCUCGCAGAGGUCACGAGACGAUCGUCCGCACCCUCACAUCACACAAUAUCGACUGCAACGAAAAGGAUGAUGAAAUGCGAACGGCUUUAAUUCAUGCAUCAAUAGACGGGCAUGAACCCGUAGUCAGUCUACUUCUUGCACACAGCGCUCGUAUCAGUGAUGUAGACCGACGGGGACGAUCCGCAUUGUACUGGGCUACCAUGAAUCAGCAUCAAGAUGUUUUACGAUUGCUUUUGUGGGAACACGACAAGAGAGAUUGGGAGCAAAGCCUUGAUGCGUUUGAUUACAUGGGUUGGACUGCUCUGCAUAUUGCUAUUGAAAAGGGCUUCGACGUUGGAGUUCAAUUGUUAUUAGCAAGUGACGCUGAUUUGAAUGCGAAAGCGCAAAAGACGUGCAACGGUGAUGGUGACAAGGAUGAUAGUAGAACCGUGCAAGCGGGCUAA